AUGGACUUCCGAGAACAUGUUCUUGCGACUUUUGAAAGAGAGAUAUCUGAAAUAAGAAGAUAUUGGGUCUGGAUUCUGAUUCUGAGCAUUGUGCUCUUUGGGUUCUUUGUUAUCACCAUUCAAAUUGCCUUUACCUUCUAUCUCAGUUGGCUAGCAGUGGCAAUAUGGGCACUGCUUGGCUUUAUAAAUAUUGGCAUAGCCUGCGUUAUUUUCGAAAACCUCUUUUGGCCUUGGUAUCUGACAAAUGUUGAUCCAAAUGAUCCAAGAAUCAACUGUACCUAUGAAGAAUACUGUGGACAACAUGCUGAAGAGCAUACAACGGAAUCUCAGGAACUCUGCCCAAUUUGCAAUGGUGCUGAUGAAGACUGCAUCGUUCGUCCCUCGACUCCGAAAGCUGACCUAAGUCGCCCUUCACCGAUCAAAGAAGAUCUCGACGAAGAAGAGGAUAUUCUUGUCUUACCGAAACCUGAUAUCGAUGUUGGCUUAGCUUCCACGCCAAUUAGAAGUAACCUUGUUGUCAAGACUCCAAAGAGCACGCGGCCGGAACCUGAUGAAAGACUUCUCCUUGAGACUCCGGUCUUUCAUUCAAGAUCAACCACACGCGCUACAACGCCUAGCCGUGAAUUAGACACUACUCCCGUAGCCACGCCUUCCCGAAAGAUCCACACCAGAAGGUCACACAUGGACAACAGAACUCCGCAAAAUGUAAAGUUCAGCGAGGAGACAGUGCGGUCGGUUUCAUGCACGCUUAGUUUGAAGUCUGAGACUCAAAGCCUCCAAGAAGAAAAACUUCUGCGCUCUCUUGCCACUCCAACGCGAGUUGAGAUCCCAAGAAGGACACCCCGCCAGAGUCCUCUCGACGUGAAUCUCGUGGGAGAGAUCGAAGACCUCGCAGAAGUAACAGCCGCAAAAGCCGAGAUAGCAAAAGUAGAGAGGGCUCGAAAAAUCGCCGAAAAUCCAAGAGCCCUCGAACAUCCCAAAGUCAAUCUCGCGACACUUCGAAAAGCAGAGCCUCAAGAGAUAGCUCGAAAUCCCGUUCAAGGGACCAUUCAAAAUCUCGUUCCCGCGAUCGUUCCAAAUCACGUUCUAGGGAUCAUUCGAGGGAUUCUGCAGUUGAUGAAAAAAGGUCGAAGAGAUCGUCAACAGCUUUGA